ACCGAGCUAAAACAAUAUAAUAUGUCGAUGACUUUAGUAAACCAAAAUUCUCAUUUAAUAGUAUUUUGUUUCAAUUUUCCUAUACCAAACAAAAAAAAUAAAACUAGAGAUUUAGUUACAAUUAGACAUGUUUUUUUGCUUUAUCCGUGAGUUUUUUUGUUAUACUUAUUGAAUUGUAAAUAGUCAUCCAAUUCAAACAUUAUGUUCUGAAAUUUCAGAAUACAAAUUGACAAUUAAUUAGUCUUUGGAUAUAAACUAAGAAAAUCUAUUGUUUUCUUGAACUUUUCAUUGAAAUAUAAAGGACUAAAUCCUAUAGAAGGAAUUAAAGUAACAAAUCACAUUUUAGCACUAAACUAUACCCGCUAAAAUACAAUAAUUGUACAUAAAUUGACAUUUUGUCGAACAAGGAAUCUUUGUGCUUAUUUUUGUUUUGGCUGUGUUUAAAAGCUUUAUUGUUUCUUUUUUUAUGAAGUGAAAGAGGUGAUAAUGACAAGACUACAUAAAAUAUUUAAUCGAACAAAGUCGAAACAAUGUGUAGCCUUCUCAUUAGCACACAUGUUCUUCUGAUCAUUAUUGGACUUAUGUAGUACGUUUAUUCACGACAUGUGUAACAUUCUCAUAUCAACCAUUUCUUUCAUAAACAAAGAAACAAUAAAUGUUUCAAACAAAUUAGGCAAAAACAUGUCGGUUAUUUUUGGUUCUGAUUCUUUUGAAAUGAGGAAAUUUGAACCUUACUUAUAAAAGUUUUGUUUGGUUUUCAAUUGAAUAUUUUGAGACCAUCUGGUUCAUAUUUUCAGAUCCAUGUAAAAUGUUUAGACCUAAUAUAUUGUAUUGUAUAGGUUUGAUUAACUAGUAAUUACUUAGAGCAUUGUCUAUGGACGCAAAGAAAAACGACCUCGAAAUCUAAACCUAUCAUAUGAAGAAGCAUAUGAAUUUUCUUAAGUGACUUCACAAUUUUGUUUUGAUUAACAAUGUUAUUCUAAAGUUACAAAUGCCAAACAAUCACAUGUAUAUCAGUAUAUCUCACAUAUGUUUGUAUAUCAAGUUGACUCAUACAACAAAUUUUGACAGUUUUCUAGCAUAAAAUUAACAAACAUAAAGUUCCAAGCUCUCUUUAUCGAUCAAACAUACACAGUUACUACCAGUUGUUGGAGCAAAUCAUGUCUGGGAAUAAAGGAGUAGUUGGUUUGAUUGAGUCUUUGUUUAGUUUAGAAGUUUAAUGCAAAGUAUUCGUCAUGUCUUUUUGUUAAGCUCUAGCUUUCUGAAUAUGUACGAGAUAAAACAAACUCAAAAGCAUGUGACAUUGAAGCUCAUCUUUCUUGUAAAUCCUAGUUCUCUCCAUUACAAUUGUGGUGCUGGUACCUACGAACUACUUCGGUUAGAAUCGUUGGAUGUUCGAGACGAGUUUGAUUUAAGCCUAAAGUUGUUGGUUAAAUAUUUUUUUGUAAAAUAUCGGAACCCAUUUCAUAGAUGUUGCUAAAUUAUUGUUAUCACUUCUUUUGUUUCAUAUGAUUAAUUAGUUCAAAUCAAAUAUCAUAUGAUGUCGUAUUAUACUAAGUAGUAAAAAACUUUUGAAAGUGCAAAAGACAAGAAAUCAUCUCUUGUGGAAACUCCUUGGCUUUAUAGCAAAUUUCAAAGUCUUCAACUAUUACCACACACAUUAACGAAGUCAAUCGAUCCACGUGACAAAGGAAAGAUAAACUUUCCCUUCCACCAAACCAACUCCAAUAACACAUUAAGAUAUAUAGACUUACAAUCCUUUCAAGUUUCAACUCCGAAUAGUCUAAUAUACAAUCACCCUUUAUUGUUUUAAUAAUCUAAUUACUAGAGAUUAUUUAUGUUCUAUGCACGCAAUGUAAGGUAAUAGGUAAACUAUAACUAAACAUACAAAAAAAAAAGAUUAAGAUGGAGCUUGGAGUAUUAUAUAUGGGGAUGCAGAGAUUGAACAUCAUAGUCAAUUCAUUCUAUAUUGUGAAUCAUGAUUCAUCACUAUGAAGAAACAAAUAAAAGAAAUAGUGAAGUAUUUUACUGGAAAUGUAUAAAUAUAUAUAUGUAAUUAUACUCAAUUUCUUGCAAAGAAAAGUUAUAAGACCUUGCUCUUUCCCUCCAGAAAAUAAAAUUAUUUUUUAUAAUUUUAAAGAGUAAAGCUUCUUUUAUAUAGAGACAUCAUCAUUACAACUCAAGAUGCACUCUGAUCAGCAAAUAGAGAGAGACAGAUCCAACAAAAAGAAAACUCAACUUUGAUUUUCAUCAUUUAAACCAAAAAAAGGAUGAUGAAGAAGAAGAUGGCUCCUUCCUCUUUUCUCAAUAAACUUCUCAUCAUCAUCCUCUUCAUCUCUCUCUCCUCUCUUUCUUCUCUCUCUUCCUCUCUACCUUCUACUCCAACCAUUUCUCCUCCCUUCCAAGAGCUUUCGCCGGAGAUCGCUCCUCUCCUCCCUUCACCAGGAGACGCUUUACCUUCCGGCGCCGGCGCCGGUACAAUCCCUUCUUCUCCAAGCCCUCCUGAUCCCGACACUAGCGACGGCUCCUCGUACCCUGACCCGGCUUUUGCUCCCUUCGCUUCUCCGCCGGUUUCUUCUCCUGCUCCACCGUCUCAUCCUCUCACCGGAGUUGUACUCCUCUUUCUCAUUGUCUCAUCCGCCUCGCUAUGGCUCUGUGGCGUUAUAGCACUACUAUAGUUCCACUUCAGUUAUACAUUAAACGAACGUUUUGGGUUUCACGUGUUUGUCCAAAUGUAUAUCAUUCUCGAAUAAACAAAAAAUAUAUAUAACAUUUUUCUUCCGUUGUGAGCUAUGUAUUAUACAUUUAAUCUUUCCAUUUCACUC